AUGCCGUCUCCAGCCAUCGCGGCCGGCGUGGCGCGAGCUGUUGUGCAGUGGUUCGAGAGCUCCUCGCAGUGUCAGAAGAAGAUCCCCACCUCGGAGUGGACUGUGCUGGCAGGCAUCGUAUUGCACACGCGUAGCCCCUCUUCUCCAGCUGACACAGAGCCGAAUGACACAUGCCGCGUGCUGGCGGCUGCCACUGGCAACAAGUGUCUCGGACGACGCGACCUGAACGCCGACGGCCUCGUAGUCAACGACUGCCACGCCGAAGUGUUGGCGAGGCGUGCGCUGCUCCGUUAUCUGUACGCAGAGGCGCUCUAUUGGCAGGAAAAUGGGCUCGAGUCAAGUGAGCAGUCGAUCUUCGAGCGGCAUUCGACGUCGCAUCGACUGGCGCUCAAGCCGCAGCAUUCGCUGCAUCUCUUCAUCAGUGAGGCACCCUGUGGAGACGCCGCAAUCUACGAACUACGCGAAGAGGUGGUGGACGAGUUGGUGCAGCAACGUGAAGCGAGGGGAGAGGCGAACGAUGGCGAGCGUAGCGAGUUGCGCCUCACGGGGGCCAAAGCUCAUGGCAACAAGAGGCCGAGAGGUGACGUCUCUGCAAAAGACCGUGACACUCCACCGGACAAACGAUUCGCUCAAGCAGUUGGCAUCACGCGCGUGAAAUCGGGUCGCUCGGACUUGCCAGUCGAUAAGCAGACGUUGUCCAUGAGCUGCUCGGACAAACUGACCAAGUGGAACGCGCUGGGACUGCAGGGGUCGCUGUUGUUGCAAUUCUUUGAGCCUGUCUUCCUGAGCUCGAUCGUUGUGAGCGAAGACAAGCAGGCGAUGUCUGUGGCCAAGCAGCAGCAAGCGCUUCAACGUGCAGUGUGUGCACGUUUG